AUGAGCGACGCCCAAGUUGCACCAAGCAACAACGGCAGUUACGGCGGUGACCACGUAGCAAAGCGGCGCCUGCUUCAAAACACCUCCAGACCAGCUCUUGUCGCCACAACUCGCCACAUAGUCUUCGCUCUUAUUCUUAUUAUCGAUAAUACCGAUGGUUACGGAUUAAGGGUGGAUGUUUCCGGUGCUAAAGGUCGUGACUGGGUAAUCUACAACCCCGCUGACUGGAUCAGCAACUCUGGCAGCAAGCAUAUCAGCGACUUUGCCUGCCUUGCCCUGACCAGCGGGCGCUUUAGUUCCUCGAGUGACGAUCAUAUACAGAUCCGAGACACAAUUGUCAGCCUGGCGUUCUACUGGAGCAGCGGCAAUCAUGGACACAGAGGCCACCGCGGCGAAAGCCGCUUUUACAGCGCAUAG